GCUUGCUACGUCAUAAAUCUGCGCAGGGCUGAGGUGGCAUUUGAAAGGAGGUUGUUUUCUGGCUGCUCACCUGAAGUCCCCGCGGCACCUCUCAUCAUGACGAAACUUCUGGAGUGGCUAUUUGGUGUGUCGGUGGUGGGCGCAGUCUGGGCUUUGGUCACUUUCGACCUGUUGGAAUUGAGCCUGCCGCAGACUUACAGAGAGGUUGCCUGGCCGAUGCCUCUGUAUCUGCUGAUUUCAUUUGGAUGCUAUUCCCUGGGGAUGGUGGGAUACAGAGUGGCCACCUUCAAUGACUGUGACGAGGCAGCGCAAGAGCUACAGGAGCAGAUAAAAGAAGCCAAAGAGGACUUGAGGAAAAAAGGCUUAAAGAUGUAGAUCAUUAGAAGGACUAUGUAGAAACAUUUGAGAGACUGAAAGGGAUGCACGGACCACUUUCACACACAACUAAGUGUCUGCACUUGUGAUACUGGAGUCACUUAUAAAGUGAAAUGUGUUGGAUGAGCCUGAACUCUAUACUGACACCCUCAUUUUUGUUUCCAGCAGACAUGAUCCGAACAUCAAUCAUAAGAACCCGUUAUCCAGCAGUCUUUUUCGGUAUCAUGUCUUUCAGAUUAGAUAUUGAUCAGAUGUGCUUCAGGAAAUUAGAAAUUAAUGGCAUAAUGGAUGAUUGUCUGGGUUACGCAUUCUUGACAACAGAGCAGUUUGUACCUUGUUAUCAUUCUCAUCCUCUAUCAUUUAAAGACCUCUUUUAUAAAGUAACUUAAUGAUAUUCACCAUCGGUUUCUGUUCGAAUCAGUUUGUAGCAGGUGGGUUUUACUGAUUGACACACUUUAAACCAGCAGCUAAAUGGAGAACACACAUGGAGUUUUCUUUGUUGGUAAACUACACACAGUUUAAUUGCCCUGAGAACCACUGGCAUCUGUAACUGGUCACUGAAAUGCCAACAAAUAAAACCCAAAUGUUACACUGGUUUCCAUCAGAUGCUUACAAUCUGUGUCAGCUCCAAAAUAGUACUGCACAGUAUGGACCUUGCUUUAUGUGUGUGGCUAGAGAUUGUAGCUCGUCAGUAUAGAUGGACUAGAUUUUAUCUGUAAAGAAUUGUACAUUCCCUUGUCCAAUUUCAGUCUUGUGCCCCAGGGCUGUUGCUGGAGUUAAUUAAACUGGAGUCUUUUUUUCUUGA